AUGACCAUGAUGAUGAGGAUGGUAGUAGAAAAGUCUAUUUAUUGUAGGCGCGAGGGUGACAGCGCUACGUGGCGGGAGCGGGACAGGAGAACACGGAGCCCGUGGGAAAUGCACAGUAGUGGUCAGAUCAGACUGCGCGCGCGCCGGCCCAGUGCACGUAUUAUUGUAGUCGCAUCUCGGCGAUUUAUCGGGGCCUAUGCAAUGCGUGCUCGACGCCGAAUCGCGACCUUCGACCCGCUGCGUAGAGUUGAUUUCGCCCUGCCGUCGAGCGGCGCUUGUGGCGUUCCCACUCCACGCGACGUAGGUACGCGGCGAGCA